AUGUCCUCGACAAGCCGGCCAGCAUCCCAGCCGGCGCCUCCACCGCCUCAGAACCUGGCCGCCUAUUUACCAGAGCUCUUCGACGAGAGCAUCACCGCCAAAGCCCUGCGCGUGGCCCAGCGGAACCUACAGGCAGCAUCACCCGACACGAGCACCUGGUCGCGCGGCCAGGCGUGGGCCGUCCUCGGCUACGCGCAGACGUACGCCUGGACGCGCGACGCCGUCUUCCUGGCGGCGGCCUGCGGUCUCGCCGAGCACUUUCUCGCACGCCUCGACGGCGCGCCGCCGGCCGUGGGCGAGGCCGUGGGCGGCGGGCGCACGGCCGGGCGGUACGUGCCGCUGUCGGACUUUGACGCGCCGCUCGAGGACGACGGCGAGGGCCGGCCGUUGCGGGACACGUCGGCCGGGGUCAUUGCCGCCAACGGGCUGCUCGUGCUGGCGCAGGCGCUGGCGGCGGGUUUUCGAGGCGGCGGUGCGCAUCGUGCGCGAGACGCUGGACUUGUCGCUUGCGGCGGAGAAGGCGAGAACGGCACGGCGAACAACAACGAGCAUGCGCUGCGGAGGCUCAAGAACCAUGGCCUUGUAUAUGGCGACUAUUAUCUUGUCGAGUUUGGCAAUCGUCUGAUGAAGAUGGGCUUCGUAUGAGGCAAUCACUCGAAGACCGUCAAAUACAACGAAGAGGGACAGACUGCCGAGGGCCAAGAGCACGAGACAGUUCUACACAGAGGCUCUGUCUCCCCGGCUCAGGACGGCCUGUGAUAUUUACAACGCCACACGUCUCUCCCAACAUCACCAGCCUCCGCCCUCAUACUCGGUUCCAAACAUGCCGUCGUCAUAGCUGAUGACGCGGUCCAUGUCGACAUAUUGCUGAUUCCCAAAGGCCUGGUCGAUGCCCCCCAUCUCUGC